UGAAAUGUAUUAUAUUUUUUAAUUAAGUAAAGUGUACGUCAAAUUAUAUCCAUCUAAUUUUUACCUUGAAUCGUUAUUAAGCAAUGAACAUUCCAUUCUAUUGCUCUAGAAUUCAGAACAAGUUAAUUUGUAUCUUCUCUCGAUUAUUUAGGUCGAUCUAGUAAAAAGGAAAGAGCUAGAUUUUCAAACUAAAAAUAAAUUAUCCCCAUUGAAUAUUAUAUAUUAUAUUUUCUAUAAUAUCAAUUUUCUAUUUUCUAUAUUCCUUUUUUCCUACAUAAUAAUCCAUAAUACACAUCUUGAGUAUUAUACAAGUCUGAAUAUAUCUAAUCUAACUUGAAGGUAAACCAAUAAUCACGAUCGAUCGAAAGAGCAAGAAAUUUCGGUCCAAGAAAAAACAUCUCUGUGUUAUUACUUGAAUCUGAAGAAAUUACUUUGAAUUUACAAUUAUUACACAAUAAUAUUUAUUACACGAUAUUGCCUAAUAUCGACCAAUGUAAACAGCUUAACCGUAUAAUCAGCAAACAAGGAUGAAAGAACAGUGAAAAGAAACGAGUUGAACACUUGAUAGUGGCGCCCAACGAAACACGCAUACGCACACACGCACAAGCAAAAUGGAGGCUAAAUCGAACGCCGACUGAAACGUAUUACACCUUCGGUUUGGCCUCGUGACGAUAAUACAUAAGAAUGCCGACGUUCGUGAUGAUAAUACACAGCCUCCUGAUUAUCGUGCUGUCCGAAGCCUCACCAGGGUCGCCUGAGUUACGUUGUAAUGAUGGCCAACCAGCGAACCGGUUGUGGCCCUGCCACUGCACUUAUUUGGCCCCUAACCCGAUCCAAACCAGACGAAAACCAAGAGGGAAAGAAGAAGAAGAAGAAGAAAAAAAAGAAGAAGCAUGGAGGAACCCGCAAAACUGAACCACACACCUGGCCCAAGGAUGCAAGAGGGCCCGAGUAGAGUAUAGCAAGAAAGCCAACGCGAAUUUCGUAAGAAGAUUCUGUAAUCAUCCGUGAUCGAACAAAAUAUAUAGCAAGAGUUUCCUCGUGAAAAAAAUCUCUCUCGAAGGGUUAGAAUGCUUUCUUACACGUGAAAUAAUAAGAUUUUUUCUUACUAAAAAGUUAAUCAUUGUUGCCAACACUCAAAGAUCACUGAAAAUUAUUCACGAAACUUUAUAAUACAUUGCGAAUGAAAAUACGAUAUCAAAAGAAGAAGAAGGUGUGCGAAACAGAAGUAUAAAGCAUGGCCAAAGUACAUCUCACGGGGAGAAGAUUCCAAGAGGAGCAAGAUACAUAGUCUGUAAAAAGAGGACAAUAAGUCAUUCCUCAAGAUUACUGCAUCUCGAUGCCAGAAGAUAAACAUUACGCUCCCUACGUCAUAACUCAUAACACCUAGAAUCGUAAACCGAGGAGAAUGGAUUACCAUUUAACUCCUUUCUCUCACGCGUGAUUCGAGACCUUUCCAAUUCGACGCAUCCUUUCACGCAAACCAAUCGAAACGACGAUCCGCCAAUUUUUCUCGGGGAAAACUCGUCCAUUGUCGAAACGCACAAUAGAUAUAUAUUUAUAUGUGAGCACACCUCUCGAAAUACGUUCCACUUUCGAAAUAACGAUCCUCAAGGGUGUGUAGAGUGUAUAAAUUUCGACGAUAAAUCCAUCAUGGCCAAAUACUGACCGAUAUCGAGCCCAUGGCCAUUUGCCAACUUUGCCCAGAGGCUUCUUCCACUCUUGCCUCUCUCUUGUUGCAUUAUGCAGUUCGGCCUGCGCUUCCUCCUCCGUCCCAUUCCGCCCAAUCCGUACGAUCUCUUUGUAUAAAUAUGUCGGCCGAGACAUGAUUUACUCGUGCACAACUAUUUUCGUCAUCGGUCGUCGCCGAGUCGACGUUGCUACGCUCGAAGAACCAAACUCUGCGAUGUCAGGGUCAAGGAUUCCUUCCUCGUUGCGUAUGAUGGACAAAGCCUCGAUUCUGCCGCUCUGCCUCGAUCGAUCCUCUGACGUGACGAAACGUGGAUAGCGUGGAUAUCGAGCUUGGAUAUCAUUGGAAAUUGUCGAAACAAUAGUCGAUAAUUUAAUAGAGAAUCGUUCAUUGUAAAAUGAAAAUUUGUGGAAAGAUUUGAAAAUACGAGAUCUAAUAAUAUUCCACGAUGUUUAUCUGGCUUGCACUUAAUAAAAUGAAAAUAUCGCGUGUCAAUGAAUAUCAUGGCAUUCAACGACGUGUUUUUUCUUUUUCGUUCGCGAUACAUUAAAAAAAUUAAAAGAUUAGAAUUCUGAUUAUUUAUCCCUUUCUACUAUUCGAUGUUUUAGUUAAACUUUGCUUACGAAUCGAUGCAGACGUGUUAUUAUCUUGUCGGUUGAAAAAUCAACAAGGGAUCCAAAAAUUCUCUCGAUUCUUUUAUCGAGAAGAAGGAUGAUCGAGCGUUGCUCGACGGGAAUUUAAAAGUUUUUGAAAAGGAGAGGAAUGGAGUAUUCGAAUUUGGUGCAUCUUCUGAACAACGGGGAUGUUACGUUCCCGAUCUUUCCAACGAAACCCUCGAAGAAAAAUCGAUCCACGAAAAUCAACACGGUUGUACUCAGCCUAUCAUUGUCCGACGCGCGUGUCAUCAAUCUGAUUCUACUCGUUCUGGGCACAAGUUUGAACCUUUUGAUCAUUUUGAUAAUCGUUUGCGUACGUUCCGCGAGGACAUCGAGGAAUUUCUACAUCGUCAGCCUAGCCUGCUCCAACAUGAUCAUAUUAAUCGAACCUCUGGAAGAAGUAUUGAAAUGGUUCUUCGACGUGAAUAUGAAACUGAAUAUGGAUUACGUGUGUAUAAUCAGCUUCGACGUAUCCAUCAUCACGAUCGCGAUUCUGAAAUUUAUCCAGUACAUUGGCAUCUUUCGGGAUCGAGUAUCGUUCGGCCAUGCAUUGUUGAAGAAGUAUACGACCGUGAAAGGGAUUCUGUUGAUUUGGUCCUCGUGCAUCAUCUCACUCGCUAUUUCCCUUCACAUAUACGAUUAUUUCGAGGAAGAUAUGCCGGAUAUUUACAUAUGCAUCACGAUCAUGUUCAUCACCAUGCCGUUGAUCAUAUCCCUGUCCAUAGACGCGUUGACCAUUUACGAAUUGACGAUAUUGAAAGAAAUCGAAGGAUCGUGGAGGAUGGACGAGUUGAGGCACUAUAUUAUGUUGGUGGUAAUCGCAAUCGCUUUCAUCCUGAUACGAAUGCCGUAUCGAUUGGCCAGAGCGAUCAAUUUCUUAGAGCCUAAGGCGUCAUGCUGCACAGACGAUAAAAGAGAGGUGCUCUAUUUCAUGGCCAAGAUGUACCCUUUCGUCUUCUCGCUCAUUUAUAUCUCGUUGUCGAAUGAAUUUCACGAAAUCAUAAUGACGAUUCUAAAGCACGGAUGUCAGAAAUUUCCUAGAGAAAUUCGAAUAUCCUCCAACGAUAACGUAAUUGUAUGAUACGUAUAUAAAUUUCUAUGUAUGCAUCAUUAUACACAUAGAUUGAAAAUAAAUGGAUGAAAAGAAUCCGUUCAUUUGUCGAAGAAGAGAUUAAUUAUAGAAAUAUUCGAUCAUAUUUCACAUUUCCAUUCGUUCGCCCGUAGUAAUACGUAUUAACAUCAAAAAAUAUAUUUAUAGCACACAGCGCGUCAUCCCUGCAUGAAUUACUCAAAAGCUCGAAGCACUGCUCUCAAACAUGAAAGACGUGCUUUGUGAACGAAGUUAAACUUGAAACAUGUAUCCCGCAAGUUGAUAUUCAUAACAUAGUGAGAACAAGAGUAUCUCAAACUCUUGAAUAUUAUUUAAGUAUUUGCACCUAAUAAAAACACGCAUCAUGGCUAAAUUAAGAAGAAAAAAAAGGGGGAAAAAAGAACAAGGAUC